AUGGAUAAACCACGACGACUACUACUGAAGAUGGAUAAACCAACCUCAAAGCCGCAGAAAGCAGAAGAAAAUGAUGUCGUCAGGGACAGGAUCAGUGAUCUGCCUGAUGCAGUCUUGUGCCACAUCCUAUCAUUCCUUACAAUUAAAAUCUGCGUGACUACGAGCGUUUUGUCUCGUAGGUGGCGCCAUAUCUGGAAGGAUAUUCAAGUCCUUGACUUUUUCAACCGUUCGGGAUUCAAGCAUUUUGCUGUUUUCGUAAAUAGGGUUCUAGCUAUGCGAAAGGGUUAUGAUAUUCGAGGGUUUCGACUCUCGUGUGCUUACUCUAACACAGACUCCAGCUCAGUGGCUAAGUGGGUCCAAACCGCCAUUGGGCCUAACCUGGAGGAACUGCUGCUUGAACUGCAUUCCAACAGUGAAUUUCGUUUAGAGGUGCCUCACACCCUCUUCACUUGCAGCAGGCUCUUGUCCUACGGAAUCCACAUGGAAAAGCCUCCAACAGUUUGUUUGCCAUCCUCUCUGGGUUCCCUGCCCUCGAAACUCUGA